GCACUAGGACCACGGCGGGACAUCAGAAUGGAGGCUCCGUUCCGGGGCGGCACGCGCUACGAUGGAUAAGAAGAAGCUGCCUCCCAGGAAAGACAACAGAGUCAUCGUGCACUUUGACUACGAUGCCUUCUACGCCUCUGUAUUCGAAGCGGAAAAGCCUGAGCUGAAGUCUCUUCCAUUUGCUGUUCAGCAGAAGCAGAUCAUCGUAACUUGCAACUACGUCGCCAGAAGUCGUGGCCUUCACAAGUUGCAGCUGAUCAGAGAUGCAAAGAGCAUCUGCCCGGAAGUGGUGAUUGAACUUGGCGAGGAUAUCACACGGUUCCGAGAUGCGAGCAAGGACUUGUAUGGCUUCAUACGCGGCUUCUCUUGGAACAACAAAGUCGAGCGACUGGGAUUUGACGAGGUGUGGAUGGAUGUGACCGAUAUCGUGGAGUUCAAUCAGCAAUGUUUGAACUUCAAUGACCUCCAGCAUUCUUUCUUCCAAACCUCCAGAGAGGACCCUACUGUCGGCUUUGAGUACGAUGCCUCAUCUAUCGCAGGGCAUACAUACCCGGACGACCACGCUCGCGUCAGCCCGGAGGGUCAAAUGGACGAUCUGAAUGUACGCCUACGCCUCGGUAGCCAUCUAGCUCUUCGCGUGCGACACCAGCUCGAGCAGCAGAAAGGCUACACUUCCACGGUCGGCAUCGCCACGUGCAAGCUAUUGUCCAAAUUGGCUGGCAAUCUCAACAAGCCCAAAGGUCAGACCACCAUAAUGCCACCAUUCUUUUCUCUCGACAGUAGGGCCGGCAAUGUCACCACUUUCCUGGAUCAACAUGAUAUCGGCAAGAUUCCCGGCAUAGGCUUCAAAUUGGCCCAGAAGCUGCGAGACUUUUUCCUCGAUCGACCCGCCGAGUUUGACAAAGGUCUUAUCUACGGCGGCACUCGUGAAGCCGUUAGCGUCGCCGAUGUUCGCAAGCAUCCAGAUGUCAACCCAGAGACUCUUGAAAAGCUUCUUGCCGGACCGGGAUCUCCGCACGGCAUUGGCGAGAAAAUCUGGCAUCUAUUAAAUGGCAUCGAUAACACUGAAGUCGGCAUGGCAAGGGCGGUCCCAAUGCAGAUCAGCAUGGAAGAUAGCUACAUCCGACUUGAUACCAUGCCUGAACUGACCAAAGAGCUGUCAAUGCUGGCUCGCAGUUUGCUUACUCGCAUGCGUGUCGAUCUACUUGGCUCCGAGGAUGAUCUUGGACCCCCUGAAACCAGAUCACAAAGCGAUCAUUUGGACACACAGCACGCCCCUGCGGCCAGGACCAAGUGGCUGGCACAUCCUAGAACGAUUCGACUUACCACCAGACCACGACAGCCCCUUCAGCCAGAUGGCUCCCGUGUACGCUCGUUCAAACGUAUCUCACACUCUGGACCACUUCCCAUUUUCGUGUUCAACCUGAAUGACAGCAUUGAAGUAUUAGCAGACAGACUGGUGAAAGAGUGUCUGAUCACGAUGUUUCGCAAAUUGCACCCAGAGAAGGCUGGUUGGAAUCUUAGCUUGGUCAAUCUCGCCGUCACCAACAUGAGUGAGACAGCAGGCGAGAGUAAGACUGCUAAAGGUCGUGAUAUCGGGAACAUGUUCCGCAGACAGGAAGACGUGCUGAAGGACUUUCGCCCGACCGCCACAACAGAAAGACAACAGAGCACAGAGCCUGUCCAUGCACGCCAGCCGGACGACGAGAUUGCAGAUCAAGAGUCUGAUGAGGCGGAGUGGGACGACGGUAUUCCUGAAGAAGACGCUCGGGAAUGCUGCGAUUUAUGUGGAAUGCACGUACCGUUGUUCGCCAUGGGAGCUCACCGGCGAUUCCAUUCGCAAACUGCUUGA